ACUUCCGUGUUGUAGACUGGGAUGAAAAACACCGUAGUAGAUUCGAUGUAACUUGCAGAAAAGUAGGACAUAAAACGACGUGCAGGAAGCGAGAGUGGGACACAAUUAGAAAGUCUUUCAGUUUAACAAUGUCGGAACUAGAUUUGUUUAGAGACUUUCUUUUAGAGCGACUAGCAAUGGAAGCCUUAGAGAUUGUCGGAGCCGUUGAAAAGACGUUUACCGAGUACCAGUACGAUGAAAGUGCACGACUGCCACGGUUGGACGUUAAACCUGAGAUCAAUCUACACUUAACGGAUGUGCAGCAGCUCUCUCCCCCAGAGCCCCCACAGAUUAAAGAGGAACAGGAACUGUGGACCAGUCAGGAGGAAGACCAGCUCCAAGGACUGCAGUCUGAAACUACAGACUCCAUCUUCACCCAGGAGUUUUCAAAAGACAGAAUGUCAAAACUACACUUGGUUCUCCGUGAGAAACUAACAACAGCAGGUUUAGAGAUUUUCAUCAAAGUGAAAAAGAAGUUUGCUGAGUACGAAGAAGAAAUUAUGCAACUGCAGCGGUUGUUGGACGUUGUUACUCAACCCGAGGUCAAGCUACACAGAAUAGAUGUGCAGCAGCUCUCUCUCCCGGAGCCCCCACAGAUUAAAGAGGAACAGGAGCUGUGGACCAGUCAGGAGGAAGAGCAGCUCCAAGGACUGCAGUCUGAAACCACAGACUUCAUAUUCACUUCUUCCAGUGUGAAACAUGACUCUGAUCAGGAGGGCUCCUCUGAAUGUUCACAUCUUGUCCAGAUUGUUAAAGUGGAGAACAGAGAAGGAGACUCUCUACCCAGCAACACAACUGAGGAGCAAAUCAAAGAGCCUCAUGUACAUGACUCUGCAGCACCAGAACCAGUCAGUGACUCUCAGCCCCUCUCUGUUGUAGCUCCAGACUGUCCUGCAGCUCAGAGUUUGGAGGAGGAACAUGGAGGAGUGAUACUUUUACAGAACAGAACACGAAACAAUGAGGCUCUUCCAAGGGACAAUAGACCACAGGGAAGUCACACAGAGAAACCUCAUCAGUGUCAACAAUGUAAGAGACGAUUUGCUGACAGAAGUGCUCUUCUUAAACACAUGAGAACACGCUCAGGGGAGAAACCAUAUCAGUGUCAGGAGUGCAGUAAGAUCUUUAGCAGUAAACACGCUUGGCUUGCCCAUACGAGGACACACACAGGGGAGAAACCAUAUCAGUGUCAGGAAUGUAGUAAGAUGUUUCGCACUAAAACCCAAUUACUUGUCCACAUGAGGACACACACAUGUGAGAGACCGUAUCAGUGUCAGGAAUGUAGUAGGAGCUUGAGUAGUAAGCAAAAUUUAAUUCGCCAUUUGAAAACACACACAGGGGAGAGACCAUAUCAGUGUCAGGAAUGUAAUAAGAGCUUUAUCUCAAAACACAAUUUGCUUGCCCAUUUGAAGGCACACACGUGUGAAAAACCAUAUCAGUGUCAGGAAUGUAGUAAGAACUUUAGCAGUAAACACACUCUGCUAGUCCAUAUGUGGACACACACUGGGGAGAGACCAUAUCAGUGUGAGGAAUGUAGUAAGAACUUUUGCAGUAAACGAACUUUACUUGCCCAUAUGGCAAUACACACAUGUGAGAAACCAUAUCAGUGUCAGGAAUGUAGUGAGGGAUUUAGAAGUAAACACACGUUGCUAGUCCAUAUGUGGACACACACAGGGGAGAGACCACAUCAGUGUCAGGAAUGUAGUAAGUUGUUUAACAGUAAACAAAGUUUAUUUGUCCACAUGAGGACACACACAGGGGAGAGACCAUAUCAGUGUCAGGAAUGUAGUAAGAGAUUUAGCUACAAACGUGUUCUCAUUAGGCAUAUGACAACACACACACAACGUUGACAUUUUUCCAUGAAACAAAGAAAAUGUUGGGGUAAAGGGUGCUGCUGAACUGAUGUUGUGUAAACCUAGGGUGUAGGACCUAAACCAACCUUCACCUAAACCUAGGGGUGUAGGCCCGUGGAGUGAUUUGUAAGUUAAAAGUAGAAAAGCGAAGCUUUGUGCUGGAUGUAAAGUGAUAUGAAUUUCAUGAAAUACAUGAACAUUUGUUUUUUUAUAUAUGUGGCAUGUUUAUUCCAGUGCUGGAAUAUUUUCAUUGAAGUUGUUGUUAAAAUCAGACGUCCGUGGAAGGUAGCAAAAUAAGUAGGAGGCAGAAUACCUUUCAACAGCUCAAGGCAGCUCGAUGGUUUAUUUCAGCAAGGCAGAUGUGCGUUCACAAACACAUACAGGAAAAGACAAGACUUGAUGCCCCAACAUUCACGUUUUAUAGACUAAAUGAGAAUAAUCCCCCCGCCCUGUAAAAUACAAUGAUGGCAUCAUAUCGGAAAGUUCUAGUUUGUCCCCUUAACGCCAGUUUCCUCACACCCCAACCUGCGUGCACAUUGUUUUGGCUGGUAAGGUUGUUGAUGAACUUCUCUAUAGCUGAACAGCCCAUCUUCUACUGACUCCCCCUCUGAUGUCCUGGGCUAAUGUCCUUGACGUUCACUGUGGACGACAACAGCCUAUUUCAUUCAGGAUACAAAUUCCCUUCCCAUACUAAGUUUGCCAAACCAAUUACUUUCUACUGUUCUGGUUAAAUCCAGUUGAGGGUGGAGUUUAUUAACUGCGUAGAUAGUAGUCAGCCAUUUUAGGCCCCACAGUCUGACCUGGUUUAACCCUCCCUGUUUGCCUAGCUGUCCCACAAUCAAUUUCCCACAACAAAGUGUUGAACAAUAGAAAGAGUUUGUAGUGAAGAUAGUCUGUAUUACAGUAGUCUGUAUUUUGAACAUUAAAAUAUUCUACUAGAACUUUCUUUCAUAUUAGCCAAGUUGUUUCUUACUUCAUUAAUAAAAAAUAUUUAUUGUAGUCCCUGUUGAUGAAAAGCAUACCCAUAUAGAACAGGUAUAUAUUCUACCAGACUGAUCACCUGAGAAUAGAGAAGUGGAAGGACAACUUGUGAAUAACACUGAUAAACUUACAACACUGAUAACUUAUAACAAGGGCCAUCAGGCUUUUGAAUGAACAUUGAUGUGGACAUUGAUACACUGUCAGCACUUCUCACUAGUCACU